AUGUACAUCGUCAGAUAUACAUAUACACAUAUAUAUACAUGUAUACAUUCGUGUGUAUAUCUAUGCACAUAUACAUAUGUAUAUAUAUAUAUAUAUGUAAUAUACAUAUUGGUGCUACUCUUUUAUGAGAAACCUGUAACGUUCUACAAGUUCGGACCUAAGAAGACGCAGUCAAUCGCCAUAGACGUUUCACUCAAUAAACUCAACAAGUGCAUCAAAGUGGCGUACAACAAGAUGACAACUCCAAAAUGGAAGGAUUUCAAGGGCCUACGUCUUCAUUGGAAGCAGCGAAUCAGACUAAAUAAUGUUAUAUGGCGAGCGUACUACAUUGAAUUUCGAAGACCAACCAAAAAAGCGAAGAAGAAAACUCCGUUUUGUUACUUUACUGUGCCGGAUGAUGAUACGACGCAUGCGAAGAUUGAAGGUAGUCUGUUGGAGGGCAUGCACUGGAAGCGGAGAAUUGAAGCAGUAUGUACACAGAACAAAAGGUGGAGACAUUAUAUGAAGAAAAAUAAGGGCUCAUCAUGGCACAGCGAGCGCUUCGAUCGCGAUUUGUACGAACGUCCUUCAAAGCAAGUGAAAAGUCAAAUUCCGGAAACUACAUCAACGGAUUAUAAUGACUUUGACGACCUCGAAAACGUCUUCACGGAUAGCUUAUUCGAGUCGUUGAACCAACCAUAUAUGUUUCCUUAUCCUAAAGAGUUUGUUCAAAGCGGAAAUGCUGACAUCAUGCAACCAGGUUUGCUCUCGUUGCAACCAAGCCUAGAAGAAAUCAUGGCCAGUCUUGGUAAGUGCGGCACAGCAACUUCUGUUUUUACUUUCCUGAUGCUUUCUAGUUUUCACUUUCCUGAUGCUUUCUGGUUUUCACUUUUUGUUUAUACAGCGCUCAGCUUCGCUGAACGUUUACCAAAUGAUUCUCAUAUUUCUUUGAUUCGUAUUUUCACUCUUCCACAGAUUACCAUGGGUUGUCAGCCAUCAACACCAGCACGUCCGUGGUGGCUGGAUAGUCCUUUGUCAGCUACAGCCCAAAGUCCUUUGACUGCUGUUGCACCGUCUAUUAAUGGAGGGAACGUAACUUCCUUAGGGCCUUCUACUCCACUUGGUAUUGGGACUGGUAUGUUUUUUGCUGUUGUGUGGUUUUCGCAUAACCAAAAGAUUUCUUUUAUCUUUUUUUCCUUGUUGCCUCAUUGCUCUGUCCGCGUGAGCUUGCAACUUUCAGAGUCAUAUGAUAAGUCGGAACCGAAGGAAGAACCAGUUCUGAUGAGUGCACCUUCCAGCGUCAAAUCUGGUAGAGGAUGCAGUCCCGAUUCAACUUUACACCCUGAAGAACGAAAACGCAUUCUCCAUCUUCACGCAGAACAAAAUCGUCGCAGUGCUCUUAAAGAUGGAUUUGACAUGCUGAUGGACAUGAUUCCUGACUUACAUUCCGGUGGUGUAAAACCUACGAAUGCAGUUGUGCUUGCCAAGGGAGCGGAAUAUAUUCGUCAUUUGACUGCCUUGAAGAAUGAACAGUCUUCCCAAAAAGUGGCACUAAUGGAGAAAAUUGUGAAGUUGAACCAGCGAAUUGAAGCACUGCAAUCAAACCUGCCAUCUUCAAGCGGUGUCUCAAGUACAAAGUUGGAGCCGCGAGCAGCACUUGAAGCGUUCUAUGAUCGCUAUACGAAGGAAAGCAGUCGGAAAGAUUAUCGAUUUUGGGUGGUAUGUUUCGUUUGUUCGAAUUACUAG